UCCUCCUGCGUAUGCAUGUAUGCGACCGACGGGCUGAUUUCAUAACGAGGGGGGGAAGAUAGGAAUGGGGCUUUGAGAUCGGAUGAACACAAAGUCUCCGGUAGGUAGGUAGGCUCCGUGCAGCGUUAUCUUUAUUCCCGGGCCAUGCAGAGGGUGCACUAGAGGAGAUGCGGUAGUAGAGGCUGCUGAUGCUGCUGUCCGAUCAGCUGAUAUUUGUGUCUUGAGCAUCAUCGCCAGAGAGAUAGGGAUCAAUCUCCGGAGCCAGGGACGCCGCAGACCGGACCACAGAGGAUGGAGUUCAAGCAUCUGGUGGAGGCAGCGGAGAAGUGGUGCUCCGGUAACCCGUUCGACCUCAUAUUCGCGGAGGAGAACGACGAGAGACGGCUGGACUUUUACGCAGAGCCCGGAGUCUCCUUUUACGUGCUGUGCCCCGGCGGUACCGACAGUUUCCAUGUGUGGAGUGAGAGUGAGGACUGCCUUCCCUUUCUCCAGCUGGCCCAGGACUACAUCUCCUCCUGUGGGAAGAAGACUCUGCUGGAGGUGUUGGAGAAGGUCUUCACAUCAUUCAGGCCUCUGCUAGGUCUUCCAGAUAUCGAAGAUGACAGUUUUGAGCACUACCACGCUGACAUGGAGGGGGAGCCUGGGCCCGACCACCAGCAGAUGGGGGUCAGCCAGCAGUGAUAAUCUCCCACGAAGAGGCCUGAGAAGAGCUGCUCCAAAGCCUUGAGCCUCGACACAUUAGCCCAUUUGACGACACACACUCAUACAUACUUGCAUUAAACUUGAUGAAAAUACACUUCCUUGUUCUUGAAUGUUGCAGUGGCUUUACUUCCCAAAGAGCACACUUUGUUGCCCUCCCCUUCCCUCCUACCAGAUCAAACAUACUCACACACACACACAAACAAACACACAAACAUAUGCUUUGGGGAUACUGAGCAGUAGCCAUGUGCAAUGCAAAUAUCAUAAUCAUUCACCAAUAAGUUAAAGUUCCACAUCACAGCAAUAUUGCAUCGGCUUUGUUAUGCAGAAACACAGACUGAUUAUAGGGCAAUACGCAUUUUCCCUUGUGGAGAUGAAUGUGGUAGAUACUUUCUCUGCCCAUCUGACACAAAGGUGCAUGUGAGGCAGAUAAAAGACAAAAGGGUGAAAACUGACAGUGAAGCAACUGGUGUGAUGCAAGAGGGUGAGGGGAGAGGGACUUCUGGGAGGUAUAAUUUUCCACUUUAUGGAGGGAAAAGGGAUAGAGUUAAUGGAGGAUGUAUAUUUACUUGUCACACAGAUUCAGCUGGGGCAACUCUAAACAAUAUCCUAAUUUAAAUGCACUCACUGCAGUCAUGUAGGUUUCAGUGACAAACCCUCUUCACAACUGCUCCUCAUAUGGAAAUUAAAGUGUGCAGCUUUUCAGUAGCAUGGAUUAUAUUUCAGAUGUUUGUCAAUGUUUGCAAAGCAGUACUCCUCAAAAUAGUUUAAAGUCACCUUUUAUCAUUUUAAUCAGUGUUGCUGUGAUCUUAUGACCAUCACAAAGGCCCACGCUGCAGCUUAGCCCCCUCCUGGUCUGGGUGUCUCAUUGUCACAUGAUACCCUGCCUGUUUUGUCCUGUAGUCUUCCUGGUUGUUGGUGAUUCAAGGUUUUGCCUUCGUUCCUCAGCACAUUCUGAGAAUUCCUCCUAAAGCUUGCCAAAAUUCCCUCUUUGGUGUGUUGUUUUGAAUCUGUAUUCUCAUUUAGAGGUUCCUCCUAACUAUACAUUUAAACAAGAGCACACCCACGACACCCAAAGGCGAUAUAUAACAGAGAGGAGAAAUAGUUGUUGGCCAAACCCCUGCUACCCUGUUCUCAAUCUCCGAUCUCACAUCUAAUGCACUUCCAACGCUUUCAACCUCUAGAUCUACAUGCAAGAUUCUUGUCAAACCUUCUGCCUAUUUACUUUGGCUUGUAAAUGUUUUUCUCUCUCUCUGUCUCGCUCUCUUUUCGUUUUUUUAUUUUUAAUUUGCCUAUUUGGAUGUUCUCUCAUGCUGCGUAUCUUCUGUUUGUCCUCUGACGUGUAUGACAUUGGUCAAUAAACUGUGUGAACUAAA